AUUGAAAAUGCUAAUAGGAGUUGGUUUGAUGAGGCAAAAUCACAUUUAACUAUAAGCAACAAAUGGUCAAAUAUUGUUAAGUGUUAUGGCCUUACGCAAGAUAUCAAAGAUAUCAAAGACAAAAAAUAUAUGCUUGUAAUGUACGCAAUGAGCAUGGAUUUAAGAAGUUAUUUACAAGAGAAUCACGAUAAGCUCACAUGGGAAGAAAGAAUUGUUAUAAUUUAUGAUAUAAUAAUAGCGCUUUAUAGAAUUCAUAAAGAAAAUACAAUCCAUAGAGAUUUGCAUUCAGGGAAUAUGUUAUAUUUAAAAUCUGAAAAUAUUUGGUGUAUAAGCGACCUAGGAUUUUGUGGUCCAGCCGAAAUACCAUUAAAGAGUAUAUAUGGAAAUCUUUCUUACGUGGCACCCGAGGUUAUUACUGAAAAAAAACAGAGUUUUGCGUCAGAUAUUUAUAGUAUUGGUAUGCUUAUGUGGGAAAUUUCUUCUUCUCAGCCACCAUUUAUUAAUUAUGAACAUAAUUAUGAUUUUGCGAUGAAAAUAGUUAAUGGGAUGAGGCCACAAAUAUUAUCAGGCACACCCUUAGAAUAUAGAAAUUUAAUGGAACGAUGUUGGAAUACUGAUCCAUUAAAAAGACCUGAUAUUAAUAUACUUUUAAAAGAAAUGCAAGAAAUGAAAAGUUUACGUUUCGAAAAAAUAUCCAAUGACAAAAUUAAUAAUAAAAAUACAAUUAAAAAAUUCUUUAAGAAUAUUAAUAUUCGUCAAUCAUUUAAAUCAAGGAAGAAAACGGUUUCUAAAAUAAAUAAAAGUGAAAGUAGAAUUUAUCUUUCUGAUUAUUUACCUCAUGCAAUGGAAGAUGAUGACGCAUUAUAUCAUAUCUCGAAUCUUCAUCCAGAAGAGCAAGAUGAAUUAGAAAUUCCUGACGAUAUAUUUUGAAAUUAAUAUAAUGUAAUAAUUAAUACCUUAUAGAUGUUUAAAUAGUAUAUUGACUUUAUAAUUUCAUUUAUCAUAAUUUUGUUCAAACACUAAGUGGUAGAUAAUUUUUAAUAUUUCAAAUAAAACUUG